GCAGAUCAUCAGGUUUGGUUUUUCCUUCCAUCCAUUACGAUCUUUUAUGCUCUUUAAACCACAUCCAUAAACCGGGUAACUUACUCAAGGAACGAAGCUUAUAACUAGCAUGGGUUUUUUCAAGAAAAUAUUUUCAAUUGGGAACAAGAAGUCAAAGAGACGAGAAUUGGCGCAUCAUGAUGAUUCCCUGCGCUCGAUACCCAAGCACCUGCAGCCGACACGAGAGGAUGACGCCGAGGCAGCAGUAAGCCGACUUUUGCGAUCCUCUUCUGCACGGUUUCCUGCCGAAUCAGGUUCGAAUUAUGCAUCACUUCCACCUCUCCCUCAUCCCAUUGACAAUGUUCUUCCGGAGCCUGCUGCAUCUACGGCAACCCUUGGUAGCUUUUCUAAACGCAGUUCUUACACAGUAACUGUACACGGUCGCACAGUCCACAGCCGCACCGAGUUCCCAAAUGCAUACCCUCCCAUGGACAGUCUUGCAACUCCGAGACGAAAUUUAAACGACUCUCCACGACGUCGCUCUAAAAGCGUACCUAUCACCCCCCGCGAUCAGAACCGUCUUCUUCGUCUUCGCCAGGACCCAUCCGUUGCUAGUUUGCUCAAUGCUUAUGAUGAGAAUGGAUGUCUAGACUCUCAUGUAUUCUCCAAUACCCCACCAGUCGCACGAGACGGGGGACUUCUGCGAAGACGUCGCACUGGCUCAACCUUUCGACAGCUAUUGACCAAUCCAUCUGGCCCUGAGCUCUGGGACAACAGUGACAUUGAAUGGGCUGAGAGUGUCCUAUGCGAAACUAAUGAUAAUUCUUGUACAUCUUCCCCCGAACUUAAAACACCUCGCGAUCCCCUUUUCAUGCCCUCCCACUUCAAUCACGCUCUCCACAGCACCACACUCUCUACUGAAUGCGAUACCUCUGCACCAAAUCAACCCACGUUCUCCUCGCUUGAUGUGGAGCUCAGUGCCUCCACUGAAAUUACGCGCCGUGUCCAAGUCAAUUCACCUUAUGGAAAUCCAAUUUCUCACCAACGUGCAUCGCAGAUAUUUGGGUUUCUCGCUGACAGGAAAAGGAUAUCUGAAGAACGCCCCUCGAAGCUGCCGACACGAAAAGUCACUCACCCCUCACAUAUCAUGUUGGAUCUGGCAUCCAGCGACGUUCAAUCCCCUCUCAGCGAUACUCAAUUACCUGAAUCCACCCAUGCCGAAAUUAAUUCACAGCUCGUAUUUCCCUCUUCACAAUCUAUGCAAGCUGCGCCUCCUCUAGACGAGGAGUGGCCGCAUCACAUCGUACACUCAGAGUCUGAACCCGUCAUUAUCAACCAUACUGGCCGGAGUAGUAGCAGUGGACAAAGCGGUCGAGGUCCUCGCGGUCCACGUGCUUCUACAAAGAUACCCUCACGAUCCAAGUCGAAUCCCAGCCCGUGGUUGCAGGAUGAUUUGCAACAUUUACCAGGCAUUAAGGCUGAAGGCACUUCUUCCAGACCUGCUUUCGGAGAGAAAUCAAAUGGGGAUGUUAGAUAUCCGGGCUUCGCUAGCGUCGUCAGCGGAGACGCAGCCUUUUUAAUCCCUACAUCCUCUCGUCCGCGCUCAUCUCAGCACUCUAAAAUGAUUGAUCUCGAUGACAAUAGCCAACUCCCCAUCCUUGCACGCAGCAGCUUGCCACUUGAUGCUUUCGCAAGUGUGUCAUAUCUUACAAAGGGUCGAUCUCUAGUCGAGGCUUCUUCAUCCGCUCAAAUGCCUUCGCGAGAUAAGGAGAACGAUAUGGUAUUUCAGCUUCCCCAACCGAAGACACCCCUGCGACCCUUUGGCUUCCGUCCACCUUACUUGCAGGAAAAACCCUCGCCUGCAUCAUCCUCUGAGUUGUCCCCCACGGGGAAGCAGAUUAUGACGAAUUUACGACACCAGCGGAUGCAGGCACGUCAGAAGGAACGACAGACGGGUCGCUUGGGAAGCAGUCAUAGUCGUAUUCGGUAUUGAUGACUUUUGUUUGGAUUUGCAUCGUGUUAUCGUUGUUUUUCAAAGCUUUGAUAUGGUUUCGCUUUUUUUCGGACUCUGUAGUGGUCAUGAUAUACCUCCUUAUGAAUCUCUGAAUCGAUUAGUAUUACAAGUAAAUCCGCGCACCCAAUAAAAUAAACAUGCGGCACUAGGCAGUGCAAAACA